UUGAUGUGCUUGUGAAGAACUACAUGGGAAUCAUCCCACUGUGGAGCGGAAUGUUACUUGGCGACUUAACACGGUACAAAACACCCACAUCUGCUGCAACAAAUAAAACAAGCAAAUCAAGAGAAACAAACUGCCAUGUGGAGUUGUGGUUUGGCUUGGUAAAAAAGAACAUCUUGGCCAAAAAAAAGUACCUCAGACCAGCAGACUUCAUCACAAAAUUGUAUACAUCUUUACAAGGUUGGUAUGUUGAACAUGUUAUGCAGCAUGGUCUGCCAGACAAACUUCUGGACCAAACUGUCAGAGUUUUGAAUAAACCGGCAGAUGAUCCCAAAGAAAAAUGGAACAAGAGGGAAAGUUCUGCUGGUCAGACAAAGACCAAAUCCAAGUAUUUCAAUCCCCCGAAGAUAUUACCCAAUCCCAGAACUUCCAAAGGCCCAAAAAAACAAAUCACCAAAGCUGAAGAUGAUAACAAUAAUAAAGAAUCACAGUUAACCUUGCUUUGGAAAAAGAGUGAUACAGAAGUUGUAGUAGCAGUUGUUCCGUCACAAAUUAAAGGUCGGAGCAUUGUGAUUCAUCAUUCUGACUUGUGCACUCUUCGACCACAUCAAUGGUUGACAGGGGAGAUCAUUGAAAGCCUUCUGCAUGUGGCUGCCCAUGCAUUGGGAGUCAUGGACACCUUCUACAUCCUGAAUCACUACUCAGCUGGUGUGAUUUUGUUCUGGGACAGAACUGAGCUUCCUAGACAAAGUUUACCAAAGGUAAACUUUGACAACUAUGAAGCAGUUCUGUCCUUUGUCCUUGUGAACAACAAUCACUGGAAGUUGCUGAGAAUACUUCAAAAUGAGAAGGACAUGCCAUGGAAAAACAGACUGGGUUGGGAUCCAAUGGAAAGGGGGGACAAUGCGCCACCCUAUUCAACCAGACGGAAGCAGCUGUGGAGUUAUUGUAGUCAAAAUGGCAAAAGCACUGAUGGAAGCCUUCCCUCUGAUGCCAGAUGUAGAUUUUGACACAACAAAAAAGGCAAUGAAAAGUGAAAGAAGAACUCUCGCUCUUCAAAUCCUUGAUGCAUCAGUAUUUGAUGACCACUGUUGGUGUGCGAUGUGCGCUGCAUACAAAGCCCCGGGGUCUGGCCCUGGAAUGACAGACUGGAUCCAGUGUGACAACUGUGACCGAUGGUACCAUGCCCUGUGCAUAAAUAUGAAGAGCACAGAAUUUCAAAAGAAAAAAACAGGCAGUUGGAAAUGUGUAUUGUGUAGUUAAUCUGAAAACUAGAAACUGUGUUCAUUAUUGUUCGAAAUACGUUUUGAAAAUAUCUGUGGAAAAUGAAAAUGUAAUAUGUUUGUGUGGCAUUGAUGCUAUGUGUGAUGUAUAAAGUGUACUGGAAUCAUUUCAAAUUGAUAAGUAAUUUUAUGACGUUAUCUGAAAGCUAUUGAGCAACAAUCUUAAACUUUAAGGAAAAGUGUUAAAAGUCCGUCUGUUAGUUUAGUUUACUACAUUACCCAAGAUGCAUCUGUUCAUUUUGUGAUUCCGUUUCACGUAGUUGAGUGGCUUGUUUUUCUGUGCUACUGUGUGGCUCGGUGGCAUGAAAGUGGCAUCCGCUGACAUCCACCAUCAACCUAUCUUGGGUCCUUUGUGUACGAAACCUGUGUGCGUUUUUAUGAUAUAACCACACACACACACACACACACACACACACUCAUAUACAAAACAUCAAUAAACUUUUGAGCUGCACCAUUGGAGUCGCCCUAGUCCUUCUGACAGAGGAAGAGUCGAUUGACGAGAGAUCUGGAUUUAGCGCCUGUUUAGACGCACACAGUCUUCUACAAAAAGAUUCCUAAAAAUUAUAAAAUAAAAACAUAAAACAUAAAUAAAUGUCUGUGCCUCAUCUAUAGGGACUAUUAGAAUUAUUCCAAAGUGAUUUUGAGUCAAUAGGUCACAUGACCUGGAAGCUAUUGAAGAAAAACACUAAAUUUUGAUGAAAAAAAUUAAUUAAAAAUUGAAAAUGAUUUAAAAUGGAAAACAAAUGUCUGUGCCUCAUCUAAAGAGACUAGUAUAAUUAUUCCAAAGUGAUUUUGAGUCAAUAGGUCACAUGACCUGGAAGCUAUUGAAGAAAACAUUAUAUUUCUUUGACAGGAAUGUUAGGUUCAGUAAUUUGUUGAUAGUCCCUAAGUGAACCUUCGGGCGCUGCGGCCGGGAGCGGUGGAGAACCGCUGGCCGACAGUAGCGUUCAUAAAUCGGAUCAACCUUGAGCUAAACGCCGCUUACUCCGCGGAGCUCGAAUAUCGAAUAUCCAACUUGAAACUAACUUCACUGCGGUACUUUUAAGACGGAUUGAAGCGGCUGUUCGCUGGACUCCGCCGUCCAAUUAUCACCACAACAGCAUAAAGUUAAAGCCGUUUAGUUUCAGCUGUUAGAGCCCAGGAUUCACAGCGUUUCUUACACAGGAUUUCUUUUAACGCGAACGCCAUCAACUCAUUCACGCUUUUCUUUUAAAAGACAAUUUACUCUCAGUAAACGGAGUCCCGUCAAGCGUCAGAUUCCAGCUGGUAAACCAAAUACCAGUCCCGGAAAAAGAUCUAAACUCAUUCUGAAGAGUUUAGCCGUGCGCACGGUCCUUCUGGAUUCGGUCUCACCCGCUGGAAUCCUUCAGGAUCUUGGGAUCCGGCUUGGAAGAACCAAAUUAAUGUCAGGUUCAUCUACCUAAGCAUUCUCAAACUGAAAAAGAAGAGAGAGACAAGUGAGUUUUAGAUUUACUUGCAAGGAGAACGGACAGCAGCGUGCUUUAGUUACAAUCUACCCGCUCUAAAACAGCUCCUCCCAGAGACUUUCUUUUUAUUUCCUUAGGGCGGUCCUAGUUACAGAGCCUAUUCAGGGGUCUCAAACUCCAGUUCUCGAGGGCCGCAGUCCUGCAACUUUUAGAUGUGCCUCUGCUGCACCAC